AUGCAACUUUUUAUAGGGUUAUUUUUCAUAAUUUUAGCAAUUAAUGCUACAUAUAUAGCAAAAAUAGAAUAUAUAUACGUACAACGAAUAUCAAAUGAUAGAAUAACUUACAACGGACAAUACAAAUUCAAUGAAACAUUUGCUACUGAAAUAUUAGAUCAACAUAACGCCAAAAGAAGAUUGCAUGGGGCUCAAUUAUUAAAUUGGAAUUCGACAGUGUUCGAAUAUGCCGCAAAAUAUGCUCAAGAGUAUGAUUGCUCAGGAAUACUAACUCACAGUGGAGGUAAAUAUGGCGAAAACCUCGCUAUUGGCUAUUCUGUCGACGGAUCUAUUAAUGCAUGGUAUAACGAAGGUAAGACGUAUAUAUAUGGGCUGGAGAAUACGUAUAAUCAUUUCACGGCAUUAGUAUGGAAUUCAACGAGCCAAGUAGGUUGUGCGUACAAAUAUUGUAAUCCAACAUGGGGAACCUAUAUCGUGUGUUCGUACUACCCUGCUGGUAAUGUGAUAGGGCAAUCAUCGAAAAAUGUAUUUCCACUUAUUUAG